AUAACGUGCCGGAGAACACCGGCGCGUAUGCACUCAUAAUACACGAUCGCGUGAUUUAGGUUUGUUUUCUGUUCCUGCACUAGUUGCACUAGUUCAAGAAGUGUACACUAAAGCGUUUUCUGUUCCCGAAAUGACGUCAACAACACUGUUUUCUAUUCCAGUGCAAAUAAACUCAGUGCACGAGUUCAGUGAACUGAUUGACCUAGGUCUGGAGUCAGUGCAAGCAGUGUAAGCACCGAAUUCAUACAAAAAAACCCAGUUCGUGUUUGGAUGCAUUCGGAUGUGUCACUAAACGUGUUACUAAACAGUCCUAAAAUAAAUUUAUUCAUUCACAAAAAAUAUUUUAAAGAAUUAACAACAGAAAAUAAAAAUGGAUGAUCAAAUGGAAAAAGCAUAUAUGAGAAGAGAUACAGCAGGAAAUGUCGUUGAUCAAAAUAGAUAUAUAAAAUGUAUGUCAGAAGGAGGAUUGAAAUUUAAAUUACUUCAUAAAGAUAUUGACUUUGACACCGAAAGUAUAUGCUGCAAAAUUAAUAAUCGCAACAUAUUAAUUCAAUUACAUAACAAUGUAAGCCACGAAGAAACAAUGAAUGAAGAAAAUAACAAUGCAAUAGUCAGUAAUGAAGAACCCUACCAGUUUGAAGAAAUAAUUUCAGAAAAUUCAUUUCAUUGGUCUGAUGCCAGUACAAAGUUAUUUUUACAUUUGUACAAAGAUUAUAAAGAACUAGUUGCACAAAGGAAAAUUAAAACUAAAAAAAUUAUGUGGCAAAAGAUAUCGGAAAAGAUGACACUUCAAGGAUACAAUGUGUCUACACUACAAGUUGAGAAUAAAUAUAAAUCCUUAGAACGCUCAUACAAAAAUAUAAAAAAUCAUAAUAAUAAAACUGGAAGAAACAGGUUAUCCUGUCCUUAUGAGAUGGAAUUAACUGAAAUAUUAGGUGGAAAGCACAAUAUUGAACCAUUACUAUUGUCUGGAAAUAAAGGUGUCAUUUAUCCAAAUUCUCAGAAAGCAACCGUAUCUUCAUCUACAUUACAGAUCAGUGCAGAUAAGGAAAAUGUUAUAAAUGAAGACAUAGUAAGCACGAAACCAGGGUUUAACGAGGAAUCAUAUGAUGAAAUUAUGAUUGAUAAUAGCACAGAUAGCAAAGAGACACCCAAGACAAGUAAGAAUUACACAAAAAGAGGGACAACAGCACGUGUGUUACAUACGUUGAAAGAAAAUGUGGAAAAAUUAUCAAAUGACAUGUGUAAAGAAAGUGAAAAUCGGAGUACAGUACAACAACAAAUAUUGGAAGAACAACAGAAAAUAAGAAAGGUGUAUGAAGAAUUCUUAGAAAAAACAUAUGAGCAAACAAUUAAAGCAAAUGUAUUACGCGAGCAGCGCAAUAAUAUUUUAAAAGAAUUAAUACAAAUAUCGAAAGACAAUCACUAAAAUGUCACAGUAUUACACACGUAUUCAGAAAUACUAACGAGACCCUUUCACUUUUUGUUUUUUUUUUGUAAGUAAUCAAUUUUAGUCCAUUUUUUUUUUUAAAUUUGAUCACAUUUUCUUUUUUUGUUUACAAAUUGCUCGCGGAUUACUUGAAGGGACUCAGAUAAUAAAAUAACUAUACAGUUAUUUAAGAAAGCUUGAAUUGAGAGAUACUAUAUCUAGGAUGCUUU